AUGGCAUCAUCCGGUUACUCACAGUCAUCAGCAUUGCUCCUACUCCUCUCCUUCAUUGCUUUCUCUUUCAAACCGUUAGAAGCUGCUGGCAUAGCCACUUACUGGGGCCAACACACUGAUGAAGGGACCCUAGCUGCCGCCUGCGCCACCGGAAACUACCAGUUCGUAAACAUCGCUUUCUUGACUACCUUCGGCAAUGGCCAAACACCAGUUCUAAACCUGGCCGGUCACUGUGAUCCUGCCUCCACUUGCUCCAGUUUAUCCUCCGAUAUACGAGCAUGCCAGAACCAAGGGGUGAAGGUGUUUCUUUCUUUAGGAGGAGCCGUCGGGAGCUACUCUCUAUCAUCCCCUCAAGAUGCACAACAAGUUUCCGAUUACCUGUGGAACACCUUUCUUGGUGGCCAGUCCAAUUCCCGGCCGUUAGGUGACGCUGUUUUGGACGGAAUCGACUUUGACAUCGAGUCCGGAUCAGGACAAUUCUGGCCGGACCUAGCUAGGGCAUUGGCCGCUCAUAACUCGGAGAAAAAGGUUUACUUAUCUGCAGCGCCGCAGUGCCCUAUCCCAGACGCCCAUCUGGAUUCAGCAAUCCAGACUGGCUUAUUCGACUACGUCUGGGUGCAGUUCUAUAACAACCCGCAGUGCGAGUAUGGAGCAAACGCUGAUGCUUUAUUAGCUCGAUGGAACCAGUGGACUCAAGUCAACUCCAAUCAGAUUUUCUUGGGUCUGCCCGCAGCCACCGGAGCUGCCGGAAGCGGAUACAUUCCGCAAGAUGUUCUUACGUCUAGUGUUCUUCCAUCGAUCAAGGGUUCUGCCAAGUAUGGUGGGGUUAUGUUGUGGGACAGGUUCUUUGAUCAACAAAAUGGAUACAGUGCAGCUAUCAAAAACAGUGUUUGA